CUUACGGCUAUUUCUUUAGUAGCUACUACAAAAUAGAGACUGGGACAUUACCAUGGGCUCGCAGCACCAGACUUAUUCCACAACUUGCUUUCAAUAUCUUCGUUGCGCUUGCUUGACAUGGAAGACGCAUACAUUAGCCCACCGUCUUCAGCGGGUGCCAGAACCUUCAACGACGUGACGAGAAGACGGCCUGACUUGGGCACAAUUGUCACCUUUCAGCGGAUCGAUAAACUGAUUCCAGCGUCAACUACUGACAAAAGUAUCAGUGCAGUGCCUAUCCCACUUUCGGGUAGCUGUGUGGGAACCAUUGGUCUUGCCGUACUGUUGAAGAAAUGCGGCAUCGACGCCAACGCUGGAAUGGACGAUGUUUCCAUGGCCACAAUCAAAGAGGGCAUGAUUUCCAUUGGUCUGGCCAAGCAGUUUGACAUCUGGAGCUCCCCUUCCUCUAAGCUUCUUGACUAUGAUCUCACUCUCUUGGAGUACGUUUAUCAAGUAUCGAAACUGACAAACGAUCCCGAGUUGAAUGUCAGAAUUUACUAUGGUCUGAAAAAGGAUCACGACGAACAGACCAUCCAGGACGUGUACAGAUCUGGAAAUUUUGUCAUCAAGGUUUUACAGAUGAGAAGAGAUAAAUCUCAAGUUAUUCAAUCCCUCAGAGUAAUGACGUCGCUCCCAGAGGAUCCAGGCAGCGGCAUCCUUGGUAUAGGCAGUCUAGGCUCUCAGACACUCGGGGACUUGAGAGACAAAAUUACCGCCAUGUCAAGGCUCGCCACCAAACACCAAUUCUGUCUGCCUGAUGAGACUCCUCUCCAUGACACGACGGCGUUCGAAGACUACGUCAAUCUCCUAGACGAGACCUGUCCUUACGAGAAUAGCGUACCAUCGAUCAAACUAAGAUUCAAAGACACCUCAUCAUCUCUCAUUGACGAAGACAAGUCGAAGCUAGCAUUGGCAGCUUCAGGUGGCAAUCAACAAGCCCAGAAAGCCGAGAACUCCAAUAUCUCUCCGUCAUCGUUAGAUGAGAUACAGUGGAGGCGGGUCAUCAAGAACUGUCAAGUCAUGCAUGGCUGGUACAUUGACCGAGCGAACAACGAAGCCAAGAUGGCACCAAAGCCAGCAUUCCGUCUUCGGCCAGGUCUGAAUCUAGAACUAGAUAGUACGGAAGGAGCCGCUGCCGGAGACGCCAUUCCCAACUACGGCGUGACUGACGGCACCCAAAUUGACGUUGUCACCGCCGAGACCGAUAUCCGAAAUUCACUGGUUCGCAACAAUUUCGAAAAGUCUUCCAUAGAUAGCAAGAUGGCCAUUGGCUACGCGGGAGUCGGUGUCAGCGUAGCCGCUACGUCGUCCACUGAGUCCCAGAGUGCGCAGUCGGCGAAGAACAAAUCAUCUACCAAAGAAAAUAUUGGUAAAUACAAGAUUCCUCGGGUCACUCUGUUCCUUAACGCAGAUGAUCUCGUUCCAACCCGAGAAUUCAUAGAGAACAUCGAAAAGAUCAAGAAGCAAGCAGACGUAACGGAUAUCCGCAAAUUCCACGAAAGAUUCGGAAAAUUCUUCUGUCAUCAGGUGAUUCUUGGGGGAAUGUUGCUUUCGACAAAGACUCUGAUUGGGAACGAAAGGGUUGAUGAGGAAAAGCAGAGAUGCGAUUUCAAGCGGGCCAUCGGGAUGUCAAUAUCCUCGCCAGUAGAAGUUGCCAUUGGGGCAGACUCAAAGAGGGAAAACACCUCAGGUGCCAACCAAAACGUGAACCGUAGCUACAUGGAUAACAGCGACAGUGUUGUAUUCGAGGCUGUAGGCGGGAAUACCAUUCUGGCUUCGAAUCCUGCGCAGUGGUGCGCAACCGUUGGAGACCACAACAACUGGCGAGUUAUUGGGAGAGCGGAUAUGAAGCCAAUUCUCGAGUCGUUGGCGGAAUGCGGAGAGCCUCGAUGCGAUGAUGCUGCUAAAGUGUUCGCUGAGGCAUCUCAGGUUCCCUUCACGAAAUUCAUCGACAUCCCAAAGUCUACCAAGAUCAUUGCGCAGUUUCGAUUUAAGAGAAGAUCUACAAACGAGGACAGGACGCACUAUCUUCGUCAUAACAUCCAUGCCCUCAUUACGCCCACAUCGACAACCGAGCGAAGGAAUAUGCCAGAGAAAUUCCAGGGACCUCGAGUUGAACCUUAUGACCAUACAUGGAAAGACGAAGAUGGUAUAUGGACCAUAGCUCCAGUUUUGGACGCGAGAGCAGCUUGUCAAGGCCUAACGCAACUCGUCGACGGUUCUAUGGUCACCAUUCGCUCUGGGGGAGAUUCGCAAACCCCGUGGUUUCUCUCCGUCCUCCGGACUUCGGCAGGGAUCUUUGUUCCCUGCAUCACGACUUCGGAGCAAUUCGUAUGGAGGAUUCGAGAGGUUCUCCGGCCCAACUCGACCAAGAGCACCAUUCCUAGACAAUCAUCUUUCAAACCGCUCAGGCAUGACGCACGCCUGUGCUUGACCUUUGAGUUUCUCGACAACCCCCGAGGCUAUCGAGACUUCAAAGACGACGACCGCGGCUUCCGCAAUGUAGAGUAUCCGGACAGCGACACCGGUCGAUUGUUCCUCGUUGAAUCCACAAAGAGGUCAGACACAUGGCCGGACCGCAGAGUGCUUCUUCUUGCAGACGGAAGCGUCUUUAGGUCUGAAUCUUGUGCCAGAAUCAUGGACCUGGAUGACGCCGAGAUAUCUGUAAGGAUUGCGCACUUUAACAUCGACGUUCGUGACUCAACGGAUGAUGCCUAUGAUAUCUUGCAGAAAGACGGUAAUUCCAUUCAGGCGAGGCAUGAGGAGCAGCAAAGGAAGUUGAAAACUGGGGAUCAGGGGGCCUCAGCGUGAAAUACAUGGUGUCUAUUCACGUUGGCUGAAUACGUACGGUUCAGAUGGUGGAUCAAUCUAGGUCUACUCAAGGUAACUAUGAACUUUGUAGAGAGAAGUUAUGUAUUUCUUGUGUGUUUGUUAAGACUUAUCGUCGGCCGCCGUGAUGCCUGUUACACUGUGUGAUCGAAACCUAGCAUAAAGCAUUCUGAA